UCGCUUCCAUCACUUCAUUUUCUCUCUGCAUUCAAUUUCAAUCAUCAAAAGUACUCAGCACCACCUAGCUCCUACAAACAUGAAGAUGAGCAGUGCUACCAUGGGAUCCUCAAAGAGAAGGUUAUCAAGCAGAGGUCUUGGAGGUGUUCUCCGAGAGCAAAGGGCUAAACUUUAUAUUAUCCGAAGAUGUGUUGUUAUGCUCCUUUGUUGGCAUGAUUGAAUUUGAAACCCCACCCCCCUUUCCCCUUGGGGAGCUCUUUUUUCCCUCUCUCUUUCUUUCUUUCUUUCUUUCUUCUUCUUGUUGUUUUGGUGGAGUGUAAAUACUGGCGGCAGAUGUUAUCGGAGAGUUAAAAAAGGAACAAUUUUUGUAUGCGUUGGCCUUGUGGCCUACAUGUAAAUUAGAUAGCUUGAAUCAAAUCGUUAUUAGUUUAUUAUUUAACAAAA